AGCACAACCAUGUAGAUGCCGUGUAUUAAGAAAUAAAAAGUUGGAAGAGUAAGGAUAAGUGUAAAGGGAGGGGUGGUAGCCGUGAAGUAGUAGAACUAGAAGAAGAAAAGUGCGGGUCACGUGAUCGUCUCCAGCAUCUUUUUUGGUUCAUCUUGGAUAACUGGAGUACGGUAGCGGUGCAGCCCAAGAAAAUGACUAAAUUGCAGUUUCUAAACGUGUUCUUGACAGAGCGCCUCAUGCUCGCAGCCCAAGAGAUUUAUAAGUCUGUGGAAGAUACGAUCCUGGAGUACCAGGAGGAAAUCGCCAUCCGGGAGCGGGAGAAUGAUCAUCUGAGGCGCAGGCUGCGGGACGCUGGGAUUGAAAUAUGGCCAGAUCGUCCAUCUAUGGCGCUGUUGGAGGAUGAAGAUGCUGAGCAUCCAAGGCGUGAGUGGAGUCCUAGCAUGGGGCAUGAGGAGCGUAUCCCAAUUCAAAUCAAGGACAAAAGAGAUCUGCGGGCCAAUCAAGGAGAUGAUCAGCUCAGGGGACAUGGCUCCUGCAGCACAUCAGAGAACAUGUUCACUCCACCACGGGUUGGAAAUGAAUAUCCUCAGGAUGCACCUCAUACGUCCAGCCUCCCUCAGAGUCAGGGUGUAGAGAACAGAGACAGAGAUCUUGCCUCCCGAGGCCCAUCAAGGCAUGUAAAGGCAGAAAGUGGAGGCAGCCACAGAGGCUCUGCAUCUACCAACAGCACUGCACAGCCCUUGGCACCAGUCAACCCAAACUGCUCCAAUGAAAACAACAUUGACAUUAUUGGGGUAGAGAAUAGUGGACAGAUGGUUGGCACGAAGGGAAAUGGAGCUAACAGAGCACAGGCGUCUCAAAUGCGCAACCAAGCAGCCAAUGCUGUGGAUUGUCCCCAUCAGAAAUCACCAUUAGAGGGACACAUGUCAUCCUUUAGUUGCAAGGUUUGCGGUGAGGCGUUUAGUCACAUCGGCCACUUGCACGUACACGUUCAAGUGCACACUCGGGAAAAGCCUUACCGCUGUGGUGUAUGCGGUAAGUGUUGCAGCUCCUCCGGCAGGCUACAGGAGCACCAACGCAGCCACACAGGAGAAAAACCCUUCAGAUGCCAGAUUUGUGGAAAGGGAUUCACACAGAUGGCUCACCUGAAAGUCCACAUGAGGAUCCACACAGGCGAGAAGCCAUACAGCUGCCCUGUGUGCGGCAAGUGCUUUAGCCGCUCUGACAAAAUUAAAAGGCAUCUCCAGACCCACAGCCGUGAGGGAACCUAUUUCUCAGGUCAAUGAUUCAAGUGUGUUGUUUAACAACCAGUUAGUGAAUCAUAUUGAAGUGGAAACAUUUUAUACAAAAAGCUAAAAUCGCUGCCAUCGAGGCUUUUUUUUUUCUUCCUAGUUUUUCAGAACGAGAUAUUUAACAACUCUUGGAGAAAGGUCUUUUUUUUUUUAACAUCUACUGUAACACUUCUCCAGUCCACACAAAAAUGUUCCUCAAUAGGAUUUGUAUUAGCCAAUUUAGUAUUUAAUUUUCUACCUAUCACUUGAGUAUUAAAUCUCCAGAACACAAUUUAAGUUAUUAGCUAGUGUUUUGAAAUAAUCUAGCCCUUCUUUAGUAUUACAGUUAGCAUGACAAAGUCUUCCACAAAUGCCUUGAAACUGAAAUACAGCAACAUCCAGCACUGUCACUGGUCUUCUGCCUUCACGUCACAUCAAGUAAACAUGUUCCUUUUUAUGUUUUGAACCAAAAAAUAAAUGGUACAUUUCUUUCAUCAUUAAUUUUCUCGUACUUAAUAAAACGUUUCGAG